AUUUCCACACCCUCGCCCGACCGCCGGGCCGUCGUCGCCGAUCUCGACGCCGCCGCCCGCCGGCGACUGCAUGGCCGCCGCCGCUUCGCCUCCGGUUCCUUUAGGACCCGAGGCAUCCUCUCUCUCAAGCCUCCUCCCCAGGCCCCACAUCGCAAUCUCAUGGGAUUCCCAAGCACUACGCAGCCAUGCAGAAAGAAGCGAGAUGGAGUCCAAGGCAUGCGUUAUUGAUCUUGCUCUGCUUCCAACUCUAGAGGGUUUACUGCUGGAAACGUAUGCAUCAUUGCAACCAAAGCCAGUCGACUAUGAGAACCGACAGGUUAUGAUCAAUGUCUUCAACAAAAUAGCGGAACAGAUUUUUGGUAAAAAGAACGGGCUUCCAGUUGUGGAAGCAUUUGGAUCAUUCACAAUGGAUCUAUUUACUCCUGAAAGUGACCUUGACCUCUCGGUCAACUUUAAUACUGAUACCAAGGAUCUUUAUCCUCGCAAGGACAAGAUUAAUGCUAUUAGGAAGCUUACAAAAAUCUUAUAUUCUCAUCAGAGGCAUGGUCGUUGUUAUGGGGUUUUACCUAUUUCAACUGCUAGAGUUCCUGUAUUGAAGGUUACUGAUCAGGGAACUGGUGUAGAGUGUGAUAUUUCAAUAGAAAACAAAGAUGGCAUGUCAAGAUCAAUGAUAAUUAAAUUUAUCUCAUCAAUUGAUGAAAGAUUCCGGAUACUUUGUUAUCUGAUGAAGUUCUGGGCCAAGGCACAUGAUGUUAACUGCCCCAAAGAUCAAACAAUGAGCUCAAUGUCAAUUAUUUCUUUAGUUGCUUUCCAUUUACAGACUCGGCGCCCUCCAAUAUUGCCUGCAUUUUCUGCCAUAUUGAAAGAUGGUUCAGAUUAUGCAAGGAUUGAGAAGAAUGUCUCACUAUUCAAAGGUUUUGGGAGCAGCAAUAAAGAAUCUAUUGCUGAACUUUUUGUAUCAAUGAUGAUUAAACUACUAUCAGUGGAGGGUUUAUGGGAGCAAGGGCUCUGUGCCAGCAAUUUUGAAGGAUCAUGGAUAUCAAAGACCUGGGGAAAAGGUGUUGGCAACUUGAGUGUUGAGGACUUCUUGGACCAGUCUCAGAAUUUCGCCAGAUGUGUAGGAAUGGGACAGAUGCGGACAAUUUGCGAAUGCCUAAGGGCUACUGUUUCUGAUUUGAGCAAGUUCUUUAUGGGUAAAAUUGCUGCUCCCAAGCUAAAGGCCCUUUUAUUUGGGCCUUUGAACCAGGUUAAGCCAGUCACUGACCCCAUUCAGAAAACUGUUAAGAGGAAGCGUCUUAAUCCAAACAAGACAAGCGCUAGCCCUAGUCAGAGAAAUGCUAAGAAGAAGAAGCCCCUUGUGCAGAAUAAGCCUGUCAUUUCUCCCGGUCAGCGAGAUGUUAAGAAGCCCCUUGAUCAGAAGCCAGUCAGUUCUCUCAUUCAGAAAGAUGCUAAUAGGAACAAGCCCCUUGGUCAGGAUAAGCCAGUCGUUUCUGCUGGCCAGAAAGAUGACAAGAUGGGGAAGCCCCUUGAGCAGGAUAAGGCAGCCAUUUACCCCGGUCAGAAAGAUGCUAAGAAGAACAAGCCCCUUGGUCAGGAUAAGCCAACCAUUUCUCCUGGCCAGAAAGAUGAUAACAAGCCCUUUGAUCAGGAUAAGCUGGUUAUUUCUCCCGUUCAGAAAGUUGCUAAGAAGAAGUGCAGCAACGUGGGACGUGACUCAGGAAGCAGUCAAGUGCAACAAAAGAAAGCAAAGGUUACUGUAUACACUUCUGGUUCACGACCUCCUAGUGUUAUCCCUCCUCAAAGAAUGCAUCGACCAGUACUCACCCAGCCAAUUAUUAAUCAGUUUGCACAUAUACCUCAGCAUCCGAUCACCCCUCCUGCUUUUGGUUAUGGGUUGCCACCACCGCAUUUACAUUCAGCUUAUCAUCACCCUCAUCAGGGAUUGGUAGGUCAAUCACAGGGUGAUUUCCUUCAUUUGUAUCCUGGGAUUCAGCUGCAGCAUCAAGGCCAGGCUAUGUUUGCCCCCCCUCCUCCAGCAGCCCACCAUCCGGUGCUCCACGGGCUUCACCCGUAUGGUAGCAUUGGUGCUCAGCAGAUGCAGCAUACCGUCAAUAGGCUGGUGCAGAGGCCACCGUACGGAAUGAGACAAGGUUUCUGGAGAUGACUGCUACGGUUUGGGAAAGUAGAUAUGUAGGUAGUUGGCGGGCUUUUGAGGCGAAAGCUUAAAGAUUGUUGUUAUGUAACUAGCUGGUGCCAUUGUGUUUGUAACUGUUGUGAAAAGAAAGUUGUAAGGUGAGAAUGGAAAGCUGUAAGAUCAUUUGGUCUUAGUUUAAGCUGUUGAUUCUGUCGAA